AUGUUGGGAGUCAACAAGCAAGACAAGAUCUUCAUGAAGCGUUCGGGUGCUUAUCACUCAGUUCUUGAUGCGCACAUCAUCGAAGCGCCGGGGAGAUUCCCCCUUUUGGAUUUCAAAACCAAGGUGAAGGUUAACCCGAAAUUUGUGAUGAAGGGCACCGACAUGGACAUUGUAGACGAGGCGGUCACUUACUUCAAAGCAAACAUUUUCUUUAAAAACUAUGACAUGUCCAUUGCUGAGGCCGACAAACUUCUCGUCUAUUUGAUUUUCUAUAUUUCUUCUCUCCUUUUGAAAUUCAACGGACAUACAAAGACCGACUGUGAGAAGAUGGCGUAUUCUAUGGCUAUCGAGAACUUCGCACUCCCAGGCGACGGAAAGUUCUGCCUUGGUGGUAUGGUCGACCCAUUGAAAGGUGGCGAGAAAGACACUGUCAAGCAAUACCUCACUGCUAUUAGAAACGAAACAGGACUCAGACUCUGCGAGGCGAUCUUCAAGAAUGGUGGAAACAGACCAGACAAAUGGUGGAUGUGCUUUAACAAGAGAAAGUUCAUGAAUAAGACGAUCUAA